AUGGAGGAAAUUCUGAACGACUGGAAACGCUUCUCCCUUUUGGAGGAAGAAGACAGUAAAGUUACGCUGGAUGACGAAAACAACGAUGCCAAAGAGGUAAUACUAGCAGGGAAGUUUAUGACAAGAAGGGUGUUGAGCAUCGAAGCGGUUGGAAGAACUCUCAAGCCGUUGUGGAAAACAAAAAACGGCUUUGAAAUCCGAGACGUGGGAAAUCAUGUAUUGCUCUUUGUGUUUGACAAUGAGGAAGAGGCUGAAAGGGUUUUAGCUGCUGAACCGUGGACUUAUGAUAAACAUCUAAUCAUCCUAUCUCGCUAUGACGGGUCCUGCUCUGUCCAGAAAAUCAGAUUUCAUACAGUCAAAUUCUGGGUUCAACUCCACGGUCUUCCAGUGAACAAACUCAAUGAGAGGACAGCCUAUGGGAUUGGGAGAAGUAUUGGGGAAGUUUCAAGAGCCUCACAAUCCGAUGAGAUAAUUGGUGGUAAUUUUUUAAGAAUCAGGGUAGGCAUUAAUGCUACGAGACCCCUGAGCAGGGGACGUAAAGUUCUUAUUGGCAAUGGGAAAGAAGUGUGGGUGAGUUUCAAGUAUGAGAAGAUGCCAAAUUUCUGUUAUUGGUGUGGGAUGGUGUCCCACGAUGCAAAGGAAUGUAAAGUAUGGCUUUCAAGCAAGGGUUCGCUGUCUCUGGAUCAGCAGGAAUAUGGUUCAUGGCUUCGAGCCGAUCCCUUUUCAGUGGGGAAGAAGUCUUUUAUGUUUGUACCGGGCACAGGAGGUGAUUUUGGUGGGGAAGAUACAAAUGUUAGGACUGGACGGGAAACUGAAGAGAGGAUACAAGGGGCGGCGCCGCCGCAAGAAGCUGGCACAAACAGGGUUGACAUCGCAUCUUCUGAAGGUAAUCUAAAUUCAGUAAGCCCGGGUAUUACGGCUACAUUCACUCAAACCUCCCAUGCAGGUAAAAUUCUGGAUUGCCCUGAAUCUCUUCCUAAUGUGGUGCCUUUAAAUGUUCACACUGAUAUGGUUGAUUUUGAAGCCCAAAUCCAGGAGAUUGAUAUGGAACUAAAUAAAUAUGAUAAUAAUGGUACCUGUACUGCUAACUCGGGUUUUAUGGCUGAGUUGUCCCCUAGCUUGUCUAAUUAUUCUGUCCAGGAACAUGCACACGACAAGUCCUCUCAUGUAACCCAUAAUGUUACACAUGAUUCCAGCAAUGAGCCACGUGACUCUGAGGGCAGCCAAUUAGGCUUGAGAACCUAG